AGCCCAUCGGCCAGCUUUUUGUGGAAAUGUCCUCCGACAGUGUCUUAUUCAAUUAUAAAUGAUGUGCCUGCGAGUUACAGAGUAACACAACUUCCCUGGUGUUUUCAUUGCACAGAGAUGGUGCCAUAGUAACCAGUCAUGUACAAUUCCAAUGAAACAGUAACCCUGCCUGUUAGAUAAAACUCUUGUUCUUCCUGUGUUCCUUCCCCCGCAGUGAAUAAAGAUGAGAGAGCACCUUUGUCAAGGUCGUGGAGUCUGGGGGAAAACUUUUGGGGAGAUUGAACUCCAAAUAUAUGCCGGCCCUUGGAGCACCAGGGAUGGCUUUUUUGUUUUUCUGUCUUGUUUUUUUUUCUUAUUGAAGGUUUGUCUGUGGCAAACUGAGCAUCAAAUGGGUACCGUUUUCUGUAUUGGGAUCCAUUUCCUUACAGUUGACUGAAUGGUACCUGUCUGCUUCUGGGCUGUCUGAAAGGAGGGCAGCAAGUAGAGAUCUUGGAAAGGGUAGCUCACUCGAAGGGGAAUGUCUGGGAACAAAGGGUCACUUCAAGAAGAAGCUGUAAAAGCGCUUUUGGAAAUAUGAUGAAGUCUGAAGUUUUCACUCAGGGGGACAUUAAGCCCUCAUUGCCCAGCACCAUCAAACUUGAUCAUUCCAGAGAAGACAGGACCAUGGAUGAUCUAAGAUAUUACUCCAAAAGAGACAUCAUUACAUCGGACAAUGAAGAUGAUGAAAAUGAGUCACUGGGACUGCCUGAAACCGAACUGCAGGACUAUAUCCAGCGGGUUUAUGGUGUACAACAAUGGCCUGAUGGCUGUGAAUACAGGGGAGAAUUUGGGCGUAACAUGAAACUUGGAUAUGGAGUGUUUGAAUGGAAAAAUGGUGAGAAAUACAGAGGGCAAUUUUAUAAGGAUCAUCGUCAUGGCAGUGGUACCUAUAGUUGGCCUGAUGGUUGCACUUUCACAGGGACAUUUUAUCUUAGCCACAGAGAAGGGUAUGGCACCAUGUACUUAAAAAACAGAGUGUUUCAGGGAUUAUACAGGGCCGAUCAACGAUUUGGACCAGGAAUAGAGUCAUAUGCUGAAGGUUAUCAAGACGUAGGAUGGUGGUUUCGGGAACACAUAAUUAAAUUGUGUAUGGAAGUUCCUGGCACUUUUUCCAUUUUGGAUUAUCCGGAGUAUAUUCCUUUUCUUACUUUUGAUUCUGAAAAAGGGUGUCAUUCUGAAGAGGAGCUGACCAAGUGGGAUUUGAAUGAAGAGGAGGACCCCUUUUUUUAUGAUUACAAGCGGUUUCUUUUAAAUGAAGAUUUAACUCUACCGCCAGAAAUGUAUGUUUACUCCACUGAUAAUGAACAUCUUCCUGUGACUCCUGGCAGCAAAAAAGACUUUGAUUUUUAUUUUUUGAUGCCCAAGUUUCCAAUCUUUGAUGACGAGGAGGAACCUUGGUUUGUUAUAAACCAGAGUCCUUUAAUACUUAAAAUACAAAAGCAUGCUUGCAGAUUCAGACAUACUAAAGUUCAGUACAUCAGGAGUAUCAAUGACAUCAUGAACGGAAACCGAAGUAACUUUGGCCAGCGAGGUCCCAAAGAGCGACUGGCUAAGGAACUGAUCGUGAAGUCGAUUAAGGGAGACUUUGACCGAGUCUAUGAGAUUCUGCGUGAUGAUCUUGUCCUGGCUGACGUUGCUGACAGCCGAGGUUUUACUGCGUUGGCUGCAGCCACGAUUCAUUCCCACAAUGCUAUCAUCAACCUUCUUCUUGACAAUGGAGCCAACGUGAAUGUGUCUACAGAUGAGGGGGUAACACCGCUGUGUAUGUGCUUUGUUCUCUAUUAUUCAAAUGAGAAGUUUAAGCCCAAUAUUGCAGAGAGGAACUUGGUGAUCAAACCCACGGUAAAACCUUCAAAAGCUGUGUCUGUGGGAACAACCAUGCCUGAAAUAAAGUUCCCAUCACCUGCCACAACUCUAGAAUCAACUUUUCAAACCUCUUCAUUGGACAUGAGGAGAGUCUUGGACAAGACGGCCAGUAGUUUAGACGGAACCAUUUCUCAGCUCUCUAAAAGUCAGUCUGAGUCGAGGUCAGGCAUUCUGAAGAGAGAUGAGUCAGUGAUGACCCCUUCUGAGAGAGCAGUUUCCUCAGAAGGUAGCAAGAUGCUCGAUGAGAUAAGGCUGACGGUUGAACAGACCACACGUAGGAGCCUCUCGACAAACUUUGAAUCGAAUCUCUGCGUAUACAACUAUCCUAUACAGGUCUCCAAAGACAUAAUGGAGAAGACAGCCAAUACCUAUGCCUCCUUGAAAUCUAAACCCUAUGAAGGUGGAGAGUCCGAUCCAGGAACAGUGAGGAAGAUGGCACUGUCUAUAAUCGAACAUAAUCUCAGAUGGGCAACAAUCGAGUUACUUCUAAAGCGAGGGGCAGACCCCAACUAUUGUAAAGAGCCUAUGCACGUUAUUUUCUUUCCAGUUAGAGCUGCAGAUGUUACUGGAGUUCAGCUCCUCCUGGAGCAUGGUGCAAGAACUGAUGUCCGAUUUCCAUCAAAGAUGAGAGCACUCAGUCCUCUCCACAUAGCAGUAGCCCUGCCUCUGGAAGCGGGCAUCAGAAUCACAGAACUAUUACUUCAUGCUCUUGCUGACCCAGACACGAGAGCUGAAGACCAAGAUGAGGGAUAUAAGAGAGACAAGUUUGACACUUUAAUUUCAUCCAUGAAGCUAAAUAAUGAACGUGGACCACCGUUGUCAUAUUACACUCCACCUAAUUUACAACCUGAAGAAGGUGGGAGAAGUCCUUUACACGUUGUAUGUGAGAGAGAAGAUAACUUUAAGUAUGUAAGGGAAAUCGUACGUCUCCUGCUAAUUCAUAAAGCGGAUCCCAAUACCUUGUGGAGUGGCCAUUCUCCACUCUCCUUGUCUAUUGCCAGUGGGAACGAUCUGGCAGUGCACGAACUUCUCCUCCGGGGAGCAGACCCAAAUCUACCCUUAACUAAAGGGGUAGGCAGUGCUCUUUGUGCUGCGGCCAACCUUUCAUUUGAGCAGAAAAGGAGUGUGGAUGGUAAAAUUGCUUUGGUGGACAGACUCAUCCAGUUUGGGGCUGACAUCCUGCUUCCAGUUAAACUGGUCCAAGGAGACAAAACAGCUGUGGGAACGGCUGUGGAUUACGCAUACUUCAAAUUCUUCCAGGAUAGGAGGUUAGCACACACUCCAUUACACUCGUUGACCACACUUGAGCGGGAAACACUGGUGAUGCGUAAAAAGUUCUUAGAAUACAUGGGCUCCCGACUCCGCAGAGCUGUCCUGGCAAAAGAGGAACAGUGGGAUCGGAAAUUACUGCUGAUGUCCAAGAAGGCGGAAUUAUCCUCUAGGACAAAGAAGAAGACUUUGGUUCCUUCUGUUGCUGCCCCUGUUAUUAAACCAGAAGACCCCAAGAUACCCUUCUUCAAGUAUUGCUACCAGUGUGGUCGCUCCAUAGGUGUACGGCUCACACCGUGUCUUCGAUGUUAUGGAAUUUUAACCUGUAGCAAACACUGUAAGGCAAAAGCCUGGAAUGAGUCCCACAAACGAGAAUGCGGUGCAGCAAAGGGCGAGACCAAAGUCAAGGAAGAGGAAAAGAAGGCCAAAGAAAUGGCUCUGAAGGCCCAGAAAGACGUCAAGAAUGUGAAGACGAAAAAGCAGGACAAACUUGGAUCAGCAUCUUGGCCUAAAACUCCUGUCACCCCGAGCCCACCCCCGUACUCAGAAAAUUACAGUUUCGUCUGAUGUUCUUGUACUAAAGAAACAUGUGCCUGUUGCAUAGGCUUUGCAAGGUG